AUGCUCGGGCGGCUUUUGUUAAUUCUCAUCGGCUCAGUGCAUGUUACGUAUGCGAUAUCGAUGCUAUUAAAACGAAAAUCAUCUCAGCGAUCUGUGAAGAAAAGUUAUCGGAGAAUUGAAGGCGAAGACAAGAUCAGUGCGUUGCCGGACGAUUUGCUCGUGCAUAUAUUGUUGUUUGUCUCAACCGAAGAUGCAGUGAGGACUAUGAUCUUGUCCAAACGAUGGCGGUUCGUAUGGACGAUGUUGCCAAAACUCUGGUACCCAGAGAUCAACGAUGAUAAUACUCACAAAAUAUUUACUAGCGGUUUGUUUGGUCGUUUUCUUGGUCGUUUAUUUGGCAAACAACGGUCUAUUUGGCGGUUUGUUGAAGAGUCAUUACAGCUCCACAAGGCACCUAUACUAGAAUUAUUAGCAAUAGAACUCGGUCCUCGAUGUCCUGUCAAUGUUGACGUGGAAAAGUGGAUUGUAGAUGCGGUUGAUCGUAGGGUGCGGGAGCUAGGGCUUGUGCUCAAUUGGUCCUCGAAGCCUACCAGCUUACCUACAAGCCUUUACACGUGUGAUACGCUUGUUAAACUAUAUCUUUCCUACAAGAUUCUCGUGGAUGUUCCUUCUCCAGUGUGCCUCCCAUCCCUCAAAACUCUUUUCCUUCAACAUGUGGUGUAUAAAGAUGAGGAUUCUCUCGUUAGGCUUUUAUCGAACUGUCCCGUUCUCACACAGUUGGGCGUGGACCGACAUCACCAUGACAACUUGAGAAACUUCACUAUAAAAGUCCCAUAUCUGGAAUACUUAUUAUAUGAUUAUGUUGAAUUAGGAGAAGUGGACAACCAAGUUAUUGGAGGAUCUUUGGUAAUAGAUUCUCCGGCUUUAAAGAUAAUCUCCUUGAGAGAUUUUUCCGAGGAUUCUUGCUCUCUUGAGGACAGGCCACGUCUUGAAAAAGCAAGUAUCAACGUUUAUCAGGACCUGGAUGCCAAGUUUAUGAGGUCUCUUUCCUCAGUCGUGUAUCUCGAACUAGGUUUGAGCGUUGCAACGGUUGCAUGGUGUAACGCUAUUAACUUCUCCCAGCUUACGGAGUGUAAGCUUGCUCUUUUAUAUGACUUCGACUGGUUGGAUUCACUAAUGAUGUUUCUUCACAAAACUCCUAAGCUGAAAGUUCUUUUUAUCGACCAGGUUUGUAGUUUCUCUCACGGUAGUUAA